AUGGGGACAACAAACACUGCAGCACUGGCACUGCGUCCCUGCAGAGAAAGGCUCCAGGCAGAGCCAGCUGCAGCAUCCAGGCCCAGGCUGGGAUUUAUGGCAGGGUUGGUUUAUGGUUUGGGAAUAACCAAGGGGAAAAUGUCGUUGAGUCUCCUGAACGUGACUUCCUCUCCCGGAGUUGAGGAGCUUCCCAGCAGUGCAGGUGGAGGCAGAUGGCAAAGGGACGAGGUGAAGUGUUUGGAAUUGGCUCUGCUGCGUCCCCUGCCAAGGCUGAACCUGCAGGGCGGAGCUGUGCUGAAAUAUUCAUGGGGCUUUCCUCGAGUAAACAGCAUUAAAAAUGCAGGUCCGGAUGCAGCUGAGCACCGUCCCCACAACCAGCCUGGCACUGGGGAUGCUGCACAGAGCUGUGGGAGCCCCGCAGCAGAGCUGAGGAUGGAGCACGAUUCUGCCAAUACCGCCGCCAAAACACUCUGCACCACCUGGAGGCUGCUGCUGCUGCUGCUCGGGGUCAUGGGGCUGCUGGCAGCAGCAGUGGCUGGAGCCUGGCUGCUGGGGUGGCACCUUGGGGGCCCACAGCCACACGAGGGCUCGGCAAAGCCACAGGCAUCAGACACUGUGACAGCAUGCAGUGAGGGCGAGGAGCAGCCUGUGGUCCGCGGGGCAACUGGAGGAGGUUUCCCCCUUCCCACUGCCCCUACUGAACCUGAGAUACUCCUGGAUAGCGAAUCUCUCCUGAACCUCUCUCUAAGCUCAGCUGCAUGCUGCAAUGGUUUCACUUUGCUUUUACAUCCCCCUGCGCUGCCCAGCAGCGGUGCACGGCGUGCUCCCACCUUUGCAUGCUCCCUCCCAGCAAAGCCGGGCUGAGAACGCUUCUAAAGUUUUACGCGCAGUUUAUCAUUCACUACAGAUUGCUUUGCAGUUUGUUUCGCCGUAGGCCCCAUGUGAAGCACUGCAGGGAGGUGAGGUCAGUGCUGUCAGUGUCUUUCAGGAUCCAGGCAGGUGCCUCCCUGCUGGCGGUGCGGCCGCAGGACCGGUCCGGAUGGCUGCUGGCCUGCCACGAGCGCUGGCAGCCCACGCUGGGCACACGGCUGUGCCGGCACCUCGGGGCGCUCAGGUGGGUGCCGGUAGGGAUGGGAGCAGGGCAGCAGCCCACCCCUCCCUGGGCUGCUGCUGUUCCUUCUGCAGAGCGAUACAUCAGAAGGGGGUGAACCUGACGGACGUGAGGGUGGAGGACGGGCAGGAGUUUGCCCAGGUGGGGUCCAGCCUGGAUGACGCGUGGCAGAUCAGGAGCAGCUGCGAGUCGGGCCGCGUCGUGGCACUGCAGUGCUCAGGUGGGUUCCCCCUUCUUUGCAUACCUGUGACCUCCACCCCUCGU